CGUAUACUUAUAUAAAAGUGUCAUCGUGGCAGUCUCGCGGAUAGUUGGGCGCUGCGCAUCGAGCGAACAUGAUCGAGUUUCUGGUACUAUUCCUUGGUGUUUACGGAGCACUGGCGGCUCCUCAUGCGCCCCACGUGAGUCAUGAUCCUCAUCUGGACAAUAACGCGGAAGUGGUCUACGGGCAGCUUCCCGGUACCGAGAAUCUAAACGAAAAGGCACUUCCAUUAUCUCGCUUAUUCGCCACAGAGACGAAUAAUCUGCCAGCCACAGAGAGGAAUAAUCUAGCAGAGAGAGCUCAAGUCCAUCAACGACUUCCCGGGACGGCAAACCUGACAGAAAAGCGAAUCCCUGAUAUCAUCUUGAAGAGAUUGUCACAAGUGCUUGAUAUAAAAUAAAAAGAAGAAAAUCUAAGAAGGGUUUAAGAUGCAAUACUUUGUUCGCGAUAACAUUAAAAAUAUAGUUGACUAUCAUCACCAUUAAUAUUUGAAUAAUACAUAUAAAUUGCAUGAAUUUUUUUUAUUAAAUGUGAUUAAAGAAGUA